UGUGCCAUCAGCCAGAGCUUGUAUUUAACUGGUGCAGGGAUAACUUGGAGGUGUCCAGCACUGACAUGACAUGCCCUAGUGCUCUGUUCCAGCCAUGUUCAGGAGACAUAAGCCCAGCACUCCCGAGCGCAAGAGAGACCAUGCCAUCCAUGGAUCUGCCCUGCCUGUGUCCCAUAAUGACAUGAGAACUUUCUUCAGCUUGUCUCAGCUGGUACUCUCUGCUGGCCAUUUGAAACCACCACCGAUUCAAAGGCAUUCAAAAAUCACUUACUUUGAAGUGGAAAUUCUGGAUGCCCAAAGCAAAAAGCAGAUCUGUGUAGUGGAGAAGAUACCACCAUCAUCAACCCUUCUUGAUAUAAAACAUAAAUUUCACAAAGUAUGUCCCCAGUGGUGUCCAUCUCGUGUCGGUCUGCGACUAGAACGUAAUGGGCCCUAUUUGAAAGACUCUGUCAACAUAAAGAGCCUGGCAGCAUCUUCUAUCAUUACCUUGUAUUUUACAGACUUGGGGCAGCAGGUCAGCUGGACCACAGUUUUCCUAACUGAAUAUAUGGGUCCUCUUCUAAUCUACCUGCUCUUUUACAUUCGCCUCUCAAGUAUUUAUGAUGCAAAGGAGACCGCAAGAAGUUUACGUCAUCCUGUAGUUCAUUUGGCCUGUGCCUGUCACUGUUUACACUACAUCAGACACCUUCUGGAGACCUUUUUUGUGCACAAGGUUUCGGAAGGGCACACACCACUGAAGAAUCUGAUCAAGGGUUGUGCUUUUUACUGGGGAUUCACUUCUUGGAUUGCUUACUACAUCAAUCACCCACAGUACACUCCUCCGUCAUUUGGGAACAAGCAAGUUACUUUUGCUGCCAUUGCAUUUCUGAUAUGUGAAGCUGGGAGCCAUUGUAUCCAUGUGGCUUUAGUCCAUCAAAAUCAAUCAGGAAGCAAAAUGUCUUUUCCAAGUCCAUCAAUCAACCCUUUCACGUGGCUGUUUGUAUUGGUUUCCUGUCCCAACUAUACAUAUGAGAUUGGUUCGUGGAUAAGCUUUACUGUGAUGACACAAACUCUGCCAGUGGGUGUUUUUGCAUUACUGAUGGCAAUCCAGAUGGCCCAAUGGGCUCAGAAGAAACACCAGCUUUACCUGAAGAAGUGCACUUCAUACAGAUGGAGAAAAGCAGCUAUGAUUCCAUUUAUAUUGUAACCAUAAACAGAAAUGCCCUGAAGCUGUCUUGCAUGGUAGAAGGAAACAAAGUCAUUAGCUCUAGCAAAUGUAUAAGGUAGAACAUUGUUUUUAAAUGCAUCCACAUUUAAGCAGGCUUAAAAAAACUGAAAACAUAAAGGCCAAGGUCCUAUCGGCUACGUCAGGUUGGCAAAGUCACCAUAGCUGAGUGGGACCAAGCAUGCUUGACACUAUAGUAUAAGAGGCAAUAAACCUUUGCUUUGGUCCAACUGCAAAAGUUCUUUGCUAGCAGGUGCUGAGAAAUCCAGUUUUUUCCCCCUAACACCUGGUCAGAAAAAACAAAAAACAAAAUUGGGAUCCAGAUACGAGGGCCAAAACAGAAGAGCAGCUUUGCAAUUAGGAGCCAAUAGCAUGCAACUUAAAAGGCUGCCAUGUUUACAGACUUAGCAGAAUGUGACAUUUCCUCCCUGUGAUCAAUUACCAGACAAAAGCUGGCUAACACACAAUUUAAGAAGACACAAAGCAACCCUGUAGGCAUCCCUCAGUCUCAAAAGACUAUGGUAACAAAGCAACACUGGAGGAUAAUCUCAUGUCUUUAGUGCUUAAAUUAGCUCUGUUUCUAAUUGUGAAGCUCUCUUUUGUGUGUUUUGGCACUGGAUUAUCUGAUUCUGUUUAGGGCUUGUUCACAUUCAGUAUUGCUUUAUUUCUCUAAAAAGCAAAUUCCCCUGUUAUAUGGUUUACUGUUUUCUAUAUUCUCAGCCUAAGUUAACCAAAGGGAAUAUAAAGCUCCUUGAAUCCACAGGAACUUAUUUUUCUGGCUUGUACACUGGGUUAAUUUGCAUAGAGGGUUUCAGAACUUCAGGUACAGUACUUCAUUUUUCAUGUCCUAGCGUUUACAAUGUAUCCAUACUAUCUGUCUAUUUAGAGACAAGCUAACUUUGUUUAUAAGAAUAAGAAUAUCCUGCUUGAAUGGGAUUUAUCCUUUGGAGCCCUAGACUUAAUGGCUUCUUCUGUCUCAGUAAUGUUUGAAUUAAUUAGGAUGUACAAAAACUAUUGUCUGCACUGAUAAUCUAUGGUAAUUAAUUGUUCCUAAAUCAUUACUAUAGAAUAAUCCUAUUUAUAUGACUUCAAUCCAUAGAUUUUCUGUUGACAGAGUAGAUCUUAUCAAAUUGAGAAUUGAUUUAAUACAGACCAACUAGGUCAAUAACAUUCAGCCACUUUCACUCUUCUUUUUUCUUAUAAAACCUAUUAAUACA